UAUCAGGAAAACUCAGAAAUGUCUCAUGCAGGAAGUAAAUAUCUAGAGCAUAGGCAGUGUUAUCGAACUGUUAAACUUGAGGGCGCGCGAAGCGGACUGAGAGAUAAUCAGGAACUCGAGGCCUUGUUGUAGUUAGUGACGGAGCUGUUCAUCCAGGAGCGGGCCUGCGUCGAUUACGGCUGGGUUUUGUUGUGCAAUAUCUGGUCCGUUGAGAAAAAAUAAAAUGCCGGAUUCGGUUGAAAAAUCCCGUCUCAAGACUUACAAGCUUGCUGAAGUGGCUGCGAAGAAUAAAGAAGGUGCUUGCAUUGUAGUGAUCCACGAUCUCGUGUACGACUUGACAAAAUUUCUGGAAGAGCAUCCAGGAGGAGAGGAAGUCUUAUUAGAACAAGGUGGCAAAAUUGCGACGGAGGCUUUUGAGGACGUUGGGCAUUCCACUGAUGCCCGCGACCUGAUGAAGAAUUAUAUUGUUGGAGAGAUUUGUGAGGAAGAGAAGCAGAAGACCGAAGAAAAGCCGUUGAGGUGGACGAAAGACCCGGUACCCGAAAGUAGUUGGAAGCAGUGGAUUCUUCCGAUGGGAGUCGCCGUCGUCGGAUCGGCAUUGUUCAGAUUGUAUCUCUCCGAGCGGGGAUGA